AUGUAUAAGAGGAAAAAUUUACGCGAGGUAAAAGAUUGUAAGGUCAUACCAGGAGACCAUGUGAGUGUGCAACAUCGUUUUGUAGUGAUGGACUUGGUUAUGGAAAUUGAACAAAUAAGGAAGAAAAAAAUGCAGGGGCCAAAAAGGAUUAAAUGGUUUAAGCUGAAAGAGAUUGAACUUUGUAGGCAGUUUAAAGAAAAGGUUUUAGAGGAACUAACACAUGAAAUUAAAGAUGUCGAUGAAUGGUGGAACAGAACGAUGGAUAUAAUACUGAGGGUUGCUCGAGAAAUAUUGGGUGAGGGUAGUGGCAAGAUGUUCGAAAAUAAGGAAACGUGGUGGUUCAGUGAAGAAGUGAAGGAUGAAACAAAGCAAAAGAGAGAAGCAAAGAAAAGGUGA